AUGGGCAAGCACAAAGGCAAAGCGACAUCAACACAUGAGUUGAUGUUAACGACCAUAUCUGAUGUUGUCAAACAAUUAAUUGAAGCUAAUGAGCAAGGAAAGGAAAUCGAUUUGAACAAAGUUAAAUGUAAAGCAUCAGCUAAAUAUGGACUCAGUUUACAACCGCGUUUAGUUGAUAUUAUUGCUGCAAUACCAGAAUCACACAAGAAGAUUCUUCUGCCGAAAAUCAAAGCAAAACCUGUCAGGACAGCUAGUGGCAUUGUUGUCGUCGCUGUCAUGUGCAAACCACAUCGAUGUCCACAUAUUGCUAUGACUGGUAAUAUUUGUGUGUAUUGUCCUGGCGGACCAGAUUCGGAUUUUGAGUAUUCAACACAGUCCUAUACUGGAUAUGAACCGACAUCAAUGCGUGCAAUCCGAGCUAGAUAUAAUCCGUAUCUACAAACUAAGCAUCGACUGGAACAAUUAAAACAACUCGGACAUAAUAUUGACAAAAUAGAAUUCAUAGUCAUGGGUGGAACAUUCAUGUCGUUACCAGAAACGUAUAGAGACUACUUUAUUCGUAGUUUGCAUGAUGCUUGUUCAGGUCAUACGAGUAGUAAUGUAACCGAAGCUGUUAAAUAUUCCGAAUGUAGUAAAACGAAAUGCAUUGGUAUUACAAUUGAAACUCGACCAGAUUAUUGCCUCAAAGUUCAUCUAAGUGAUAUGUUAGCAUACGGAUGCACACGUCUUGAAGUUGGUGUUCAGAGUGUUUAUGAAGAUGUUGCCAGAGAUACGAAUAGAGGACAUACAGUUAAAGCAGUGACUGAAUCAUUUCGAAUGGCGAAAGAUUCUGGAUUCAAAGUUGUUUCACAUAUGAUGCCUAAUCUACCGAACGUUGAUCUCGAACGUGAUCUUGCUCAAUUCAAAGAAUUUUUCGAAAAUCCCGAGUUUCGUCCAGAUGGUUUAAAACUCUAUCCUACACUUGUCAUUCGAGGCACUGGUCUAUAUGAAUUAUGGCGAACCAAUCGUUACGCAAGUUAUUCUCCCUCAGUGCUUGUUGAUUUAGUUGCUCGUAUUCUCGCACUUGUUCCUCCAUGGACUCGUGUUUAUCGUGUUCAACGUGACAUACCAAUGCCAUUAGUAACAUCCGGUGUCGAGCAUGGUAACUUACGUGAACAUGCUCUUGCGCGUAUGCGUGACCUGAAUUUGGAAUGUCGGGAUGUUCGCACACGUGAAGUCGGUAUACAAGAGAUUCAUAAUAGAAUCAAACCUGAACAAGUUGAGCUCAUCCGACGAGACUACGUUGCCAAUGACGGAUGGGAAACAUUCUUAGCGUACGAAGAUCCUGAACAGGAUAUUUUGAUUGGACUAUUACGUUUAAGAAAAUGUACCAACGAAACGUUCCGUCCUGAAUUGAAACGAGGACAAGUUUCGAUUGUUAGAGAAUUACAUGUGUACGGUAGUGUCGUGCCUGUACAUGCGAAAGAUCCAUCAAAAUUCCAGCAUCAAGGUUAUGGUAUGUUGUUAAUGGAAGAAGCAGAACGAAUCGCUUUGGAAGAGCACGGUUCGUGGAAAAUAAGUGUUAUAUCAGGUGUUGGAACAAGAAACUACUAUCGUAAACUGGGUUAUGAGCUUGAUGGACCAUAUAUGUCUAAAAUUAUUGGUCCUGAACCGAUAUAUUCCAUGUAUAGUCAACGAAAUCCUGAUGCUCAAGCGGAUGAUGACAGCCGAGGGCCAGUACAACACCCUCAACAGCCCUAUCAGCACCGUGCACGACAUUUCUAUCGUAAACGACCGGGUGGUAGUGGACGUCAAAAUCAAGAUCUAGGUGAAGACGAAAAUCGUCAAUCGAAUGACGAUGACACACAACGAUCAAAUAAUUCUGAUGAUAAUAACAACCAAGAUAAUGAUUACAUGAACAAUUUUCGUGGUCGUGGAUACGGUGGACGGAGAGGUGGUUUUCGACGUGGCCGAGGCCGAGGACGCUUCAUGCGUGGUAGACCAUUUUAUGGCAAUUUCGGUGGAGCUUACUCACCUUAUUCAAAUUAUAUGAAUGGACAAGGAGGAAACUAUGGACCACCACAAUCAGGCGGAUACUACGGUCCACCAAUGCAUCGGCGUGGGUUCGGCCCAUCGGGCGGUGAUUACUCAGAACAAGACGUUUUGAAUGAUUUUCCAGUACGCAAUUUUCGAGGUUCUCGACGUGGCCGUGGCCGUGGCCGCGGCCGUGGUCGACCUCGUGGUUCAGCACGAAGACAAGAUCCAAAUGACGAAAAUGCUGAUAAUAAUAAUCAAGAUGAAAAUAAUACUGAUCAACAACAACAUGGUGGAAAUAGUGAAAAUAAUAACAGACGACGACGAAAUUCCAAUCGUCGACAACGUCGUAGACAGAAUAAUGACGAAAAUUCUGGUGCCGAACAGCAACAUGAUGGCGCUGCCACUGAUGAUCAACAGCAAGAUGAAAAUAAAGGAUCUGGCCGUCAACAAAGCAAACGAUCUGAUCGACAACCUCCAAAACCAAAAGAUGACGAAGCCAUAGUGAAAAGUGUUGUUCGUAAAAUGGUUAUCAAAGUCGCUCGUCGUCUAGCACCAAGAAAUCGUCGACGCAGUCGAACUAACAACAAAGAAGGCGGUGCAAACAAUGAUAAUCAACAAGAUAAUCAAGAUAAUGGCAAUGUCGAUCAAUCACAAACACACUUCACACGACGUGGCCGAAAUCGCCGCGGUGGUUAUUCCACUGGUGGUUACUUCAUAGAACCAGGCUAUCUUGAUCCAUAUGGUAUGACACCAUAUUACUAUGGAAAUUACUACGGUUACGGUGGACGAGGAUUUCGCGGUCGUGGUCGCGGCCGUGGUGGACGUGGUCGAGGACGCUUCCGUCAACGAGGAGGCAACAAAGAAAAUCAACAGCCUCAGGAUGAUCAACAAAAUAACAGUGAAGAAGGUAAAAACGAAGAAUCAAAUGCAGCCGGUGAUACUCAACGUCAACAAAACAAACCAACAGUAGACGAACAAACAAAUCAGUCAUCAGCAACUGGUGAUUCUAGACAACAAUAG